GACCCCCUGGAAGCCUAGAGAUGGGAUCAUUGACAUUUAGGGAUGUGACCAUAGAAUUCUCUCUGGAGGAGUGGCAAUGCCUGGACACGGCUCAGCAGAAUUUAUAUAGGGAUGUUAUGUUAGAGAACUACAGAAACCUGGUGUUCCUGGGUAUUGCUGUCUCUAAGCUACACUUGAUAACUUGUCUGAAGCAAGGGAAAGAGCCUUGGAAUAUGAAGAGACAUGAGAUGGCAACUAAACCCCCAGGUAUGUGUUCUCAUUUUACACGAGACUUUUGGCCAGAUCAGAGCAUAAAAGAUUGUUUCCAAGAAGUAAUAUUGAGAACAUAUGCAAGAUGUGGACGUAAGAAUUUACGAUUAAGAAAAGAUUGUGAAAGUGUCAAUGAGGGUAAUAUGCACGAAGAAGGUUAUAAUAAACUUAACCAAUGUUGGACUACUACCCAGGGAAAAAUAUUUCAAUGUAACCAAUAUGUGAAAGUCUUUCAUAAAUAUUCAAAUUCAAAUAGACAUAAGAUUAGACACACCAAAAAGAAAACUUACAAAUGUAUGAAAUGUAGCAAAUCAUUUUUCAUGCUUUCACACUUAAUUCAACAUAAGAGAAUUCAUACUAGGGAGAAUAUCUACAAAUGUGAAGAACAUGGCAAAGCCUUUAAAUGGUUCUCAACCCUUACUAAACAUAAGAUAAUUCAUACUGAAGGCAAACCCUACAAAUAUAAGAAAUGUGGCAAAGCUUUUAACUUCUCUUCAAUGUUCACUAAACGUAAGAUAAUUCAUACUGGAAAAAAACCCUGCAAAUGUGAAGAAUGUGGUAAAGCUUUUAAGUGGUCCUCAAAACUUACUGUACAUAAGGUAAUUCAUACUGCAGAGAAACCCUGCAAAUGUGAAGAAUGUGGCAAAGCUUUUAAGCAUUUCUCAGCCCUUAGAAAACAUAAGAUAAUUCAUACUGGGAAGAAACCCUACAAAUGUGAAGAAUGUGGCAAAGCUUUUAACAAUUCCUCAACCCUUAUGAAACAUAAGAUAAUUCAUACUGGGAAGAAACCAUACAAAUGUGAAGAAUGUGGCAAAGCUUUUAAGCAGUCUUCACAUCUUACUAGACAUAAAGCAAUUCAUACUGGGGAGAAACCCUACAAAUGUGAAGAAUGUGGCAAAGCUUUUAAGCAUUUUUCAGCCCUUAGAAAACAUAAGAUAAUUCAUACUGGGAAGAAACCCUACAAAUGUGAAGAAUGUGGCAAAGCUUUUAGCCAGUCCUCAACCCUUAGAAAACAUGAGAUAAUUCAUACUGGAGAGAAACCCUACAAAUGUGAAGAAUGUGGUAAAGCUUUUAAGUGGUCCUCACACCUUACUAGACAUAAAGCAAUUCAUACUAAAGAGAAACCCUACAAAUGUGAAGAAUGUGGCAAAGCUUUUAACCAUUUCUCAGCCCUUAGAAAACAUAAGAUAAUUCAUACUGGAAAGAAACCCUGCAAAUGUGAAGAAUGUGGCAAAGCUUUUAGCCAGUCCUCAACACUUAGAAAACAUGAGAUAAUUCAUACUGGAGAGAAACCCUACAAAUGUGAAGAAUGUGGUAAAGCUUUCAAGUGGUCCUCAAAACUUACCAUACAUAAGGUAAUUCAUACUGCAGAGAAACCCUGCAAAUGUGAAGAAUGCGGCAAAGCUUUUAAGCAUUUCUCAGCCCUUAGAAAACAUAAGAUAAUUCAUACUGGAAAGAAACCCUAUAAAUGUGAAGAAUGUGGCAAAGCUUUUAACAAUUCCUCAACUCUUAGAAAACAUGAGUUAAUUCAUACUGGAGAGAAACCCUACAAAUGUGAAGAAUGUGGUAAAGCUUUUCAGUGGUCCUCAAAACUUACUUUACAUAAGGUAAUUCAUACUGGAGAGAAACCGUGCAAAUGUGAAGAAUGUGGCAAAGCUUUUAAGCAUUUCUCAGCCCUUAGAAAACAUAAGAUAAUUCAUACUGGAAAGAAACCCUACAAAUGUGAAGAAUGUGGCAAAGCUUUUAACAAUUCCUCAACCCUUAUGAAACAUAAGAUAAUUCAUACUGGGAAGAAACCAUACAAAUGUGAAGAAUGUGGCAAAGCUUUUAAGCAAUCCUCACACCUUACUAGACAUAAAGCAAUUCAUACUGGGGAGAAACCCUACAAAUGUGGAGAAUGUGGCAAAGCUUUUAACAAUUCCUCAACCCUUAAGAAACAUAAGCUAAUUCAUACUAGGGAGAAAUCGUACAAAUGUGAAGAAUGUGGCAAAGCUUUUAGCAAUUUCUCAGCCCUUAGGAAACAUAAGAUAAUUCAUACUGGGGAGAAACCAUACAAAUGUGAAGAAUGUGGUAAAGCUUUUAAGUGGUCCUCAAAACUUAUGGAACAUAAGGUAAUUCAUACUGUAGAGAAACCCUGCAAAUGUGAAGAAUGUGGCAAAACUUUUAAGCAUUUCUCAGCCCUUAGAAAACAUAAGAUAAUUCAUACUGGAAAGAAACCCUACAAAUGUGAAGAAUGUGGCAAAGCUUUUAACAGUUCCUCAACCCUUAUGAAACAUAAGAUAAUUCAUUCUGGGAAGAAACCAUACAAAUGUGAAGAAUGUGGCAAAGCUUUUAACAACCCCUCAACCCUUGUGAAACAUAAGAUAAUUCAUACUGGAGAGAAACCCUACAAAUGUGAAGAAUGUGGCAAAGCUUUUAAGCAAUCCUCACACCUUACUAAACAUAAAGCAAUUCAUACUGGAGAGAAACCCUACAAAUGUGAAGAAUGUGGCAAAGCUUUUAGCCAUUUCUCAUGCCUUACUAAACAUAGGAUAAUUCAUACUGGAAAGAAACCCUACAAAUGUGAAGAGUGUGGUAAAGCAUUUAGUCAGUCCUCAAACCUUACUAAACAUAAGAUAAUUCAUUCUGGAGAGAAACCCUACAAAUGUGAAGAAUGUGGCAAAGCCUUUAACCAGUCCUCACACCUUACUCGACAUAAAACAAUUCAUACUGGAGGGAAACCCUACAAAUGUGAAGAAUGUGGCAAAGCUUUUAACCAUCCUUCAGCCCUUACUAAACAUAAGAUAAUUCAUACUGGGGAGAAACCCUAAAAAUGUGAAGAGUGUGGCAAAGCUUUUAACUGGUCCUCAAAACUUACUGAACAUAAGAUAAUUCAUACUGAAGAGAAACCCUACAAAUAUAAAAACUGUGGCAAAGCUUUUAACUGGUUCUCAGACCUCACUCAACAUAAGAUCGUUUAUACUGAAGACAAACUCUAGAAAUGUGAAGAAUGUGGCAAUACUUUUAAUCAAUUCUCAAACUUUACUAGACAUAAGAAAAUUCAUACUGGAGAAAAACCCUACAAAUGUGAAGAAGGUGGCAACGCCUUUAAACGUGGCAAAGACUGUAACCAUUUCUGACAUCUUACCACACAUAAGAUAAUUCAUACUGAAGAGAAACCCUACAAAUGUGAAGAAUGUAACAAUGUCUUUAACUGGUCUUCAACUCUUAUUAAAUAUAAGAGAAUUCAUACAGUCACGCCUGUAAUCCCAGCACUUUGGGAGGCCAAGGCGGGUGGAUCACGGGGUCAGGAGAUCAAGACCAUCCUGACUAACACUGUGAAACCCCGUCUCUACUAA